AAGCAAAACCGAAGUUGGAUACAAUACCCCUUUUUUGUUGCCGUGCCUUUUUGACAGCACUGCUCUGAUCUUAAGCUGCAUUCGAUUCCCUCCAGCAGAACCCAGAAGUGUUCAAUGAAGCGAGGCUACUCCGAAUCGUCCUCCGGCUCUGCUGGGCCACCUCAAUCAAGGUUCAAGCCUAACCCUGAAGACGAUUCGAAUUUCUUGGAGGAUGAGAGCACCAAGAAUUUCGCAAGAAAGGUGGCGGAUCAUUACAGUGCAAGGACUAAUCAAACUUUGGAGGAGCGAGAAGCUAGUCCGAUUAUUCAUUUGAAAAAGCUGAACAAUUGGAUUAAGAGUGUAUUGAUUCAGCUAUAUGCUCGUCGUGGCGACUCUGUUCUUGAUCUUGCUUGUGGCAAGGGAGGGGAUCUAAUUAAGUGGGACAAGGCAAAAAUUGGGUACUACGUUGGUAUUGACAUUGCUGAGGGAUCGAUAGAAGAUUGUCGUACCCGUUACAAUGGUGAUGCUGAUCAUCAUCAACGGCGUAAGAAGUUUACAUUUCCGGCACGCCUUAUGUGGGGAGAUUGCUUUGAGCCACUAGAUGAAGCCCUAGCAGAUGACGCACCAUUCGACAUUUGCAGUUGCCAGUUUGCCUUGCAUUAUUCGUGGUCCACUGAAGCACGUGCACGGAGAGCUCUGGCGAAUGUUUCUGCUUUACUUCGCCCAGGGGGAACUUUCAUAGGAACAAUGCCAGACGCGAAUGUCAUCAUCAAGAAGCUGAGAGAAGCUGAAGGAUUGUUCUUCGGAAAUAGCGUCUACUGGAUACAAUUUGAUGAGGCUUUUUCUGAGAAGAAAUUUAAAUCUUCAAGCCCGUAUGGUAUCCAGUACACGUUUCACUUGGAGGAUGCUGUUGACUGCCCUGAGUGGAUCGUCCCAUUUCAUGUCUUCAAGUCAUUGCUAGAAGAGUAUGAUUUGGAACUAGUUUUCGUGAAGAAUUCUCAUGAUUUUGUGCACGAGUACAUGAAAAGGCCAGAGUACGUGGAGCUAAUGCGGAGGCUUGGGGCAUUAGGUGAUGGUAACCAAGAUCAGAGUACACUAUCACAAGACGAAUGGGAAGUCGCCUAUUUGUACCUAUCCUUUGUCUUGAGGAAGAAGGGCCAACCUGAUCGGACUCUAGCAAGUAGUAGAAGAGACAAGGGGAAGAUGCAUUUAUCAAAAGAGGAUGUCCUGCACAUUGGACAAUAGAAUAUCGUUUGCCGAACAUGUUUCAAAUUGCCAUUUCAUAGAACAAACGCGCAAUGUGACCCUAGUACCCUGCUUGACCAAGUGGGAGAGGGAUGAUCAAUCUACCAUACUGUUCUAUCAGCUCCAAGAAAUUUUGUAGAUUUUCAGCAAUCCAAGAUAUGUGGUCAAAUACAAACUGGAAUCAUAUAUAGUUUGUUGUUUUUUUUCAAUUACAAUGUCCAGCUCGCUGUUGGUGAAUGAUCGAUUUAAAAAUAAAUGAAAGCGGGUCCGGAGUUGUCUA